CACUAGCAAGAGCAGCCAACCUUUGCGAGCUUUGCGAGCCUUUACACAUUGAUCUCGCACAAGCAGAGGGUCUGCAGCUUUCAGCUACUGUUUGCCCUUUGCCCUGCGACAGCAGCCUCCGGCUCAGGAGCUCUAAAAACAACACUUUUGGAGUCACUGCCAAAACACCACGGUCAGAGCGCGCGCACGCCACGCCGCAGACAAUAAUGGCCCAGUUCGGCUGGGACAAGAUCGACGAGUACCACGACGGCUACGGCUUCGUCCCGAAGGAGAAGGCCCAGUGGUUCCGCGGGCCCGAGUGGCCCGACUGCCCGUCGACGUACGAGGUCGAGCGCCACGAGGCGAAGUGUGACAAAUGCAAGAAGGAGCUUUAUUUGGACGCGGCCGCGGCCGUCUACAAGUGUCCUGCUUGUGAGACGAAGGACGCGGAAGAUGGUGUGUACGGGAGGACCGACUUAGGACAAGGUGCGAUCGUGGACUGGCACCGCGCGCCCUUUCUCAAGUCGGACCCGUCGUUGCUUUUCAGCGAUUUGAACAUCGACGUGCCGUGGAAGAAUCUCGUGGACAUAGUGAAUUUCCCAACCGGCCCAAGGAAACUAGGCCAGCCGCGACUCGUGUGCUACAUGGCCCAGCCGAGCGCCAUGGACGUCAACUACUCCUAUCCCGGCCUGGAAGCACCGAUCAAGCCCGAGCCCAUGUGCGCGUCCGUCAACGGGAUUAGACGAAGGACCGAGGAGCGGCUCUUCGGGUCGCUGGAUCUCAACUACUUCGAUUCGGCGCAUAUCAACCAGUACCGGGACGGCGACGACCACGUGAGCUGGCAUUCUGAUGAAGAUGUGGAGUUGUACGGUGAAGAACCGAUCAUAGCGUCCGUUUCGUUACACGCGGACGGCUGGCGCAAGGGCACGCGGGACUUUAUGUUACGGCAAGGAUCGCGGCAGAUCCGCUACAAGCUGGGCUCCGGCGACCUCUUCGUGACUUCUGGUACAUUACAAAAGCACUGGGAGCACUGCCUCCUCAAAAGUCCGACGACGUGGAAGACCAAGAACGAGGACCCGCGCAUCAACGUCACGUUCCGGCGCGUCUCGCGGGAGACGGCGCCGAUCCCGCUGCGCGACUGGCCUUCGUUACGGCCGGCCGUCUUUGGUGAACCUGUUGCCGAGGACAUGGAGAUGGACUAAUGUUUUACUGUUAGAA